AUGCGUUGCCAGCUGGGAGUGCUUCCGGGCGGGGUUCGAACUGCAGACGGCGCGGCCAGCGAGGCGUGCAGCGGCGUGCGCGGUGCGCAUGCGCGCGCGUCCGGACAGAUCGAUGCGGCGUCGCGAGGCGGCGGCGGCGGCGGCGGCGGCGGCAGAGGCAGGACGAAGCGGCAGUCGGGCCUGGAGCGGAGAGGCGCCGGCCGCGGCAUGGACCACCUCCUGCACAAGCUCCGCCAGAACAUGGCGGAGCUGUCGGUGCAAGGGGACGACUUCACGCGCCAGAUAUGGCAGAUGUACGCCACCUUUGAGGAACUGGUCGAGUCUCGGGAUGGGCGCGCGCCACGCGCCUCCAAGUCGCGCGCGCGCCCGCGACACGCCCACGCACACGCCCACGCCCACCACAGGCGUGCCGUGAUCGGUGGUAGUGCUUUGGAACUGGGCGCCAUGUCGGGCCCUGCGGCGCCGGCGGCGUCUACGUCUGCGUCGACGUCGGCGUCGGCGACGGCGGCCAUCGAGUUCAGCGUGGACGCGGACGCGGCGAUGGUGCCGCAGGGUGCCAAGGACGACCUCAGCAUCGUCUACCACCCGUGCAAGCGCUACCGCCGCCCGCCCGCGCGCCGCCACAAUCCGCUGCUCGACACCAUCAGCUGCAUACAGGACGCGUGUGAUUCGGAUCAAGAGUUGGGGCCGCCGUCGGGCCGCUCGACGGCGCACAGGCUGGACAACGCAGACAAGGACUCCAUCGGCUACGCGGGCUCCAACUCGAUCGACUCGGGCUACAAGAGCUCGUGCCCCACGCCGGAGCCCGGCGAUGCGGGCCUGCUGCUGUACGCCGGCGACAGCAAGCGCUCCUCCAUCGCCGCCUCGGCGCAGAAGCCGCGCAUUGCCAUGGGCACCAAGGUCAUCAACAGGCACUCGCACCCGCAGUACGCGGGGCGGGACCUGGACCACCUCAUGUACCUGCGGCAGUCGAUCCUGAGCGCGAUGCAGCGGUACGAGCGCCAGGGCAGCGGAGGCGGCGGCGGCGGCGGCGGCGCGGGCGGCGCGGGGUCUUCGUCGGCGGCGGACGUGUCGCGCAGCCCGCGGCGCGGCGCGCUCUCGUCGUGCCCGCAGUCGCGCACGCACUCGCCGUCGCCCAGCGCGUCGCCGGCCGCCUGCCGCCUCGCCACGGCCGAGGAGGACAUCGACACGCUCCUGUACGGCCAGCCGUGCAGCUACGUCACCAUGAUCGAGGACAAGUACCGCCGCUCCAGCGUCGCCAGGGUCAAGAAGCUCAGAGAGAAGAGCCGCAGUGGCGGCCCGGCGGGCGCCGCGUCAUCGUCGAGCAGCGACAGCAGCUGCGCGGCCAGCCCCAGCGCCAGCGCGAGCGCCAGUCCGACUCGGCUGCCGGCGCUGAACGCGGUGAAUAUGCCGCUGCCGUUGCCGCUGUCGCUGGCGCCUCCCGUGCUGCCGGUGGCGCAGCCGUCCUGCUCCUCCUCUGCCGCCGCGGCCGCCGCCUCGGGCGCCGGCGCGCGCUCGGGCCGCUUCUCCGAGGUGGCCAAGUGCAUGCUGGAGAUCAUCGAGGACCUGCAGAACCAGACGCAGUCGCCCCCCGAGCCGGCCCCGCUGCCGCCGUCGCAGCAGCCGGCCACCGAGUACCACGUGUACGAGGAGAUAAUGUACGAGAUGACGACGCGGCCGCGCGACGACCCGAAGCGCGUGCCGCCGCCGCUGCCCGCUCGUCCACGCAGCUUCAAGCCGGCGGCCAGCCGCCCCAAGCAGCGCAGCAACCUGUACUCGCUGUUCCGCGAGCAGAGCGCCCGCCGCAACAUCUCGCAGUCGCUCGAGAAGGAGUUCCGCCGCGCGCGCCGACAAUACUCGUCCUCCUCCUCCGACGAGGAGUACGGCUUCCGCGUGCACACGCAGUAG